CUGAGCUGCUAGUAAAAUGCAACACCGAAAAAAACUGGCACCACAGACGAGUGCAGAUACGAGGUGGUCUUCUAUACGUAUCCUCAACUCCAGGAGAACAAACUUCGACUGCUAUGAGACUGCCUUUGAGGCAUCUCAGCCUCCAGGCUGGACCUCAACCCAACAGCAUAGCCAUAUGCAGAGGAUCCAACAUUGUUUUAACUUUACAGACCGUUGACAAGAAAUCCUUCGACCAAUGGGUGAAGAUCCUAGCCAUUGAACUGAUCCGCCAAACUCCAUUGGACGCUAUCAAAUACCUGGACAUCCUCACCCUGGCCGAGUGCUGGACCAAGACUGCCGACCCUUGCCCAAAAGACUGGAACUUCAACAACAUCACCCAAACCAAAACAUCUCCCUCUAUCAGCUACGACGUCCCCGAUUCACCAAGUCGUUCAACCCGGAUUCCUGACUGGCCUGAAUCGCCUGCUGUUUCCCCAGUAAAAUCACCAUCACAAUCUUCGGAAAACACUGAGGAGGUUAUAGAGACUUUACUGAAGAAAUGUCAGAACGUUGAGACCUACGUGCCUGUCAAAGAGAAGCUCUUUCUUUUCGAGUCGCUGUGCAAGAUGGGGAGGAAGGUUAGGAGUUCAGAGGACGUGUCCUCUAGGGUGGACACGACUGCUAUAACUAAGAGAGCGAAGUCUUGCCACGAUCUGAGCAAUAUUCAGACUCAUAUCGCUGUGAGGGAGAUAUGUAAAUACUUUGAGCAUAGAGGUGGCGAUGAGAAAGAUAGGAGUAUAACAGAGCAAAAAAAUAUUGGAGGUCUGAGGCAUUUGAGGUUUCAAAAAUCAGUUACGACUUAAAUUUUUAGUGAUAUUUUUUUGUUAAUAUUCUCUAAAACGCAAGAAAAUAACUUUUGAAACACUAGAUUAAAAUAUUCUGGUUUUUAAUAUUUAAAUUUUUAAGUGUUUCAUUUUUAAUUUAUCCAGGGAAAUAUUCAGUUCUUUUGUAGAAGAUGUUUAAAAAAUCAAUUAAAAAACGUCUGUAUAAUGCCAUAGCCUAAUCACCAUUAGAUCUUUUAAACAAAAAAAA